UUUUUAAAAGCCCACUCCGGGUGUUCCCGGCUCAGUGGCGGCGAGCCGGAGGCUGGCUGGGUUUCUGUCCUGGUCUCCUCCGGGGGGAGAGAGAGGCGCGGGGAGAGCACGGUUGGACGAAGAUAACCCAGCCUCACUCCAGAGCCUGCAAUUUCUAGGUCUCCUCCCUGCCUCACCAGUGAGCUCUACACCUGCACCUUAGGUAGAGUUCAUCAUGGGGAACCACUUGACAGAGAUGGCACCCACUUCCUCCUUCUUGCCACACUUCCAGGCCCUGCAUGUGGUGGUCGUUGGGCUAGACUCAGCUGGAAAAACCUCCCUUCUUUACCGCCUCAAGUUCAAGGAGUUUGUCCAGAGUGUCCCUACCAAAGGUUUCAACAUGGAGAAGAUCCGAGUACCUCUGGGGGGGUCUCGUGCCAUCACCUUCCAAGUGUGGGAUGUUGGGGGUCAGGAGAAGCUGCGACCACUGUGGCGUUCCUACACACGCCGGACCGAUGGGCUGGUGUUUGUUGUGGAUGCUGUGGAGGCUGAGCGCCUGGAGGAGGCCAAAGUGGAGCUCCACAGGAUCAGCAGGGCCUCAGACAAUCAGGGUGUGCCUGUGCUGGUGCUGGCCAACAAGCAGGAUCAGCCCGGGGCACUGAGUGCCACCGAAGUGGAGAAGAGGCUGGCAGUCUGCGAACUGGCAGCUGCCACACUCACCCACGUGCAGGGCUGCAGCGCCGUGGACGGGCUGGGCCUGCAGCCAGGUUUGGAGCGCCUGUAUGAGAUGAUCCUCAAAAGGAAGAAGGCACCCAGGGCAAGCAAGAAGAGACGGUGACCUGAGGCUGCUUCCUUCCCGGUGGUAGGGGUCUGCACACUUGGACAGCCAGGCAGAGCCUGUGGUCUCUCACUUUGCCUUGGGCUCAUGACCUGUCCAUCUCAAUAAAGGACUGAGGGACAGACUGGGGGUUCUGUCUUGGUACUGCAUGGGAGGUGGGGAUAGGAGAAGGGAUGUCUUCUCAUGCCUCACUUUCAUCCUUACUUCUGGAGAAAUGGGAGUUGCAGGACUAUGGAGGCUGAAAUGUAAACGGACUCUACCUCGACCUUGUUUCCUGUUCUGUUCCCCUCUGUCUCUCUCUCCCUCUUUUAACUGGAUUCAUUAAGGGGCAAAGAAAAAAAUGCUUGGAGAAUACAUUUGGGAUAAGCAAAACUCUCUGCUCCCUGCUCCCCUCCCCUUGGGAGUCUCAUCCCCCAGGAUGCCUUUCUCUCUGAAUGUCAGUCACAAUAGUCUUGAUAUUUGUGCCUAUGUGGAAGUGCCAAGAGCUGCUGCCCACACUUAAUAGAUCCACUACACUACCCUUUUUAUAAGCUGUGUGUGUCCUCUGUAUUAUUUUAAGCUAUUUUUUAGCAUUUGUUGUAAGUUAUUAAAGAUUGAUGAUACUGUUGCUCAAAA